UUCAGUGCAAGGCCAGGUUCCAGUCUCCCAGUUUCCAUGUGGACCAGCCCAUCCAGCUCCAGGUCUUCCUCCAAGCAGACUGUCCUCAUCCUGUGUCUUUCAGCAAGCUGACUGUUAGCCUCAGUAACCAGGAAUACAACCAGUGGUGUAUAAUGGAAUCAUCCAGUCAGGAGAGUUUGACCAUGUUACCAGGAAAAAUCAAGUUCUACAACUUCAGCUUUGUGGCUAAAACUGAAGACGUUGGCAAGAAGGUUGAGAUGACAGGCAUUGAGGUGAUGCUGGGCAGUGGCAAUGGCCGUUGUGUGUUUCUGAGCUGGAGAGGUGCUGGGGGAGAUGCUGCCUCAGUCCAAGAAGCUCUGCAGGCCAGCAGAUCAUCACGUAGAUGGGCACGUGGUAUGGAGACACGACAGGAACUCAACUGGGACAGUUUGACUCUGCAGCACAGCACCAUGAUCAUCUCCAGAAUCCCAAAGAUCUGUGUCCAGCUGAGCCACCAGCCUCCUGCACUCACCAAUGAGAUGUACUACAUCAGACUCACUGUCCAAUCAAAUGAGGAGAAUGUGGCAAAAGAUGUCAAACUGACAGCUGGUCUCAAACCAGGUCAGGAUGCUAACUUAGGCCAGGCCACCCAUGUGACCCUGGACAACUUAGUCAUAUGUGAUGACCGCGCUCUUGCUCUACUUACUGAUGUGCCUCUAGGUGAUUUGAAGCCAGGAGAAAAGUUGGAGAGAUGUGUGUAUGUGAGAUGUGUCUCUACUGGACCAAGGCUCUUCUUAUUCCAUUUGGCCUACAGCAUUGAUACAGCCGUGGAAGGACAACAGAUUAUUUGCAGGUGUCAUAAGGAUGAGACUGUAACUAUAGAAACCGUGGUCCCAUUUGAGGUGUCAGUCAAGUUUGUAUCCACAAAGUUUGAACCAUUGGAGCAGGUCACGAUGGACAUUCCCUUCCUACUGUUGACGGACAUCCUGUCAUCCUCACCGUGGCCUCUCCUGCUGAGCUCCUCUUCAUUGCAGCUGCAGACAGUGACCAGUAACACAGCACAACCAGAGUCCCAGCUUCAGCAGGUGGUUCUGCAGACAGGAGAGAGUGCCAGUGAGUGUUUCUGUCUACGAUGUCCACCAGGAACCAAUAGCGCCAACACUCUGGCUACAGGACAGUACCUAAUCUCAUGGAGGAGAAAGCCUUCCGGUUUUGAGAGUCCUUUGAUCCAGAGUGCAGUCACUCUACCUCAUAUCAUCCUGGAACCUGUUCCUGUUUAUAUCCAUGCUGACUUGCCGUCUUUUGGACGGGUCAGAGAGUCCCUACCUGUUCGGUACCACAUUGAGAACCGAACAGCUCUGGUUCAGGAGGUGGAAAUAGCUGUGGAACCGUCUGAUGCCUUUAUGUUCUCUGGACUCAAACAGGUGCGUCUCCUUGUCCUCCCUGGUACAGAGCAGCACAUGCUGUAUAACUAUUACCCUUUGAUGGCUGGUUACCAAACACUACCACACCUCAACAUCAGCCUGCCGCGCUGCCCCGCCUCCAACAUUCUGGCAUUGAGACGCUUCCUGCCUCAAAGGAUCUUUGUUAAGCCUCAGGGUCGACAGCCGGACGACGCCUCCAUUGCUGCAGCUUGAUGUGAACAUCUGAAGUCGUUUCCUGUAAAUAUAAGAACAAUGUUUUAUUAGAAGUAUCAUUCAUACAAUUAUCAUUAUUAACACUGUAAAAACGAUCAACUUGUUUCCACUGACUAAUAACAGGAAGUGAAUGAGCAGUAAAUAAAUUGAACAGUGAAUAACAUGGAUGAAUCUAUUGUGAAUUACAUGGAAAAUUGUGUUUGUGUUAUAGAUUAACUGAAUGUGUUAAAGGAUUUAUUAAACCCACAUUUCCUGUUUUUGAGUGUUUAUUUAUACAGUGAAAAUGUACCAUAACC